GGGAGAGACGGAGAGAGAAUGAGAGUGGCGGAGGCCGGAGAGACGGUGCUUGUUGGUCUUCCACCUUUUAAUGCAGAGCAUCCUCAGACUAUAUUUGAUAAUAUUCUUAAUCGUAAGAUACCUUGGCCUGCAGUUCCUGAAGAAAUGAGUCCUGAAGCUCAAGAUCUUAUUGAUCGAUUAUUGACUGAAGAUCCUAACCAAAGACUUGGAGCUAGAGGUGCAUCAGAGGUGAAAGAACAUGUUUUCUUUAAGGAUAUAAAUUGGGACACACUUGCUAGAUAGAAGGAUAACAAUGAAGAUUAAGUUGACUAUUAUUGUGGUUUAUUGGCUAAGAUAGAGUGCUAUUUAGAAUCUUUACAUGUAUGGUUGACUAAUGAUUUUUAUUAGAAGAUACUUUUAUUGGCUAAGUGAUAUUAUGGUUUUGAUAUGGCUAUGCUUACUUUAGUUUGAGAUGUAUAAAUUUUUACAGUUAACUUCAUUCUUGUACUUUUGGAUCA